AUGGUGGAAUUGGUUCUUCAGCAGGACAUUUCAUCCUCACAGACCACCAUAGCGGCUGUCAGCAUCGGAGAUUCGCAGACAGUCGGAAACCUGAGGGAGUCUACAUCCUUCCAUUUUGCAAAGGCGACUGGCCACUACGGCAAAGUGGAAGUCUUCCAUCGCUUGGGUGGCUGUCGCUUAGACCCGAUCCUCGCCGAUGUCCCUGAAGCAAAGGUCUUGCUCCGAGAGGCCCACGGCUCGCAGGACCCAGCUCGGGAGGGGGACCCAGCCCCAGAGCCACCGGCAGAAGCCGAAGCCUCGACUGCUUGGAAAACGGACUGCAAUCUCGGCUCAAGUGCAGCUUGGGGCGUCGAAUCGGCGCGACUUCGACGGAAGCUCAGGCGAGAGGGCCGAAAGUGCUGGGCGGUGGCCGAGAUGCUCGGGCGCCCGCUUUCUCGCGACCGGCUUUCUUUGCUGGACCUAGCCUCGCCAGCCUCACCAGUCUCACCAGCCUUCUCCUUCAAGCCGGCGACCAAAAGGUAUACUAUUGAUUUUCUCAGGUCCAGCUACUUCUUGAUUCUCCACGUCAUCGCCUUUGCCUGCGGACCGAGUACGUUUUCACUUCCUGCUCUUCUCUGCUGCCUUGGUCUCUUCGUGUCACUCCAGACGCUGGGAAUCUCGCUGUCCUACCAUCGACAUUUGACUCACCGCUCUUUCCAGUGUCACAAGUACUUCGAGUACUUCAUCGCGUAUUGCGGCGCGUUAAACAUGCAGGGCAAUCCGAUAUGGUGGGCCAUGAACCACACGUGGCACCACAGAUUCUCGGACACGCCCUGGGAUCCGCACACUCCACGGGAGGGGCUCUGGACCGCCCAUGCCGGGUGGUUCUUCGAGAAGGAGAGGGUUCUUGAGAAGAUGCCGAAGGCCAUUGUGGCCUCACACAACCACGUGGAGCCCGGCGAGGAGGAUGAAGCCUACCUCCCUUGGUUCUACAAGGAGUCCCCGGAGUUCUACGACUGGCUUCGGCAGACCUAUUACAUACACCAAGUCUCUCAGGUUGCGCUGUUGUAUCUGCUGGGUGGGUGGAGCUUCGUUGUCUGGGGCUUUGUGAUCCGACUCCUCCUUGGCAUUCACGGAGUUUCGGCCGUGAACUCCUUUGCGCAUGUUUGGGGCGAGCAGCCCUUCAAGACCGGUGACGACUCCAAGAACAAUGUCUGGGUGGCAAUGGUCUCGUCAGGCGAAGGCUGGCACAACAAUCAUCACGCAUUCCCAAGGUCCGCAAGGCAUGGGCUUUUCCCGGGACAGUUCGAUCUGACCUAUAAUUUGAUCCUCGUGCUGGAGAAGCUGGGAGUGGUUUGGGAUGUGCAGCUUCCCAGCGAUGCGCAAAUUGCUGCAAAGCUGCUCUCUGCGAGCGAAGCAAAGGAAGCGAAGGUCGCGAAGGCGAGGUGUGCAGUCGUUUCCCACGCUCUCCAUACUGAUGAGAGCCAGCUGAGGCAUGACUUAGAAGCGCGGCUGGUUGGCGCUGUGGAGGAGCUUCUGAAGAAGCGGCCUCCACCAGAGGCUGCUUGCGAGUUCUUGGCCGCGGCGCUGUCCCUUUCUUACAGCAAAGGUUCUUGUAGCUCUGAUCGCCAUUGGUGGUGCGCUUUAUCGAGUGAUUUCUCUACACAUCGCGUUAAAGAUGUCGCCAUGAAGCCAGAACAGGGGCAACAAAGAUGUAGUUUUGAUUGUGCCACCCAGGUGCGCAGGCUAGCUCUGGGAGCAGCAGCCUUGUUCGACUCGUCUUGGACUACAUGUGCACGGUGUGUUAACGUUUCUUCGGUGCCGUCUCUGAACCUCGGAGACUGUGCGACCGGUCCUAGCCAAGCCAGCCGUCCGUCAAACGUCGCUGUCUCCAGUAUCAUCUGCUGA